GAGGAGGAGCAGCAGCAGCAGCAGCAGCAUCGCGGAGGCUCUGCCGCAGCCCGGGCCGAUGGGCUCCGCCGCCCCGCUGCUACCGGGGGGCUGACGGCGACCCCCGGUGCCGAGGGGGGGCCCCGCUCCGCCGCUUCCCUCCCUCCCUCGCACCGCUUGGAUCCUUUGGGAAUAGCUUCUUUUUUUUGGGGGGGGACGCGGAUUUUUUUGGGUGCCCCCCCCCCGCCUUGGCGCAGCCGCCGCGCCCCCCCCCCCCACCCCGCGCUGCAUCGGGGCCCUUCACCCCCCCUCCCUUUCACCCCCCCUCCAUCGCACCGGGAGCCGCAGCGGCGGGACCCCCCCCCCCCCUCCUCCGCCGCUACCGGAGCGGGGGGGGCGGCGCGGCGGGAGGAUGCUCGGGCCGGUUCCCGCUGCCCCCGGCCCCGCCGCCGCCUGAGCGACCCCCACCCGGCCGGGACCGGGGUGUCCGUGUCCCCCCCCCCCCCAAAUUGCUUUAUUUCUCCGCCCCCCCCCCCCAUGGGAUGUGAUGAGCUCGUCGCCGGUGCCGGCCUCAGCAGCGUAAGCCCCGGGCGCCGCUCUCCGUCCGCACAAUGGCUCGUUUCGGGGAUGAGAUGCCGGUACCGGCCCGUUACGGGGCAGGAGGCGGCCCCGGGACCUCGGCGGCGGGUCGGGGUGCGGGGGGCCCGCGGCAGGGCGGCCCCCCCGGGGCUCAGAGGAUGUACAAGCAGUCGAUGGCCCAGCGAGCCCGCACCAUGGCUCUCUACAACCCCAUCCCCGUGCGGCAGAACUGCCUGACCGUCAACCGCUCCCUCUUCCUCUUCAGCGAGGACAACGUGGUGAGGAAAUACGCCAAAAAGAUCACCGAAUGGCCUCCUUUUGAAUACAUGAUUUUAGCCACCAUCAUCGCCAACUGCAUCGUCCUGGCGCUGGAGCAGCACCUGCCCGACGAGGACAAGACCCCCAUGUCGGAGCGGCUGGACGACACGGAGCCGUAUUUCAUCGGCAUCUUCUGCUUCGAGGCGGGGAUCAAGAUCAUCGCGUUGGGCUUCGCCUUCCACAAAGGCUCCUACUUGCGCAACGGCUGGAACGUGAUGGACUUCGUGGUCGUCCUCACCGGCAUCCUGGCCACGGUGGGCUCCCAGUUCGACCUGCGGACGCUGCGGGCUGUGCGUGUGCUCCGGCCCCUCAAGCUGGUCUCGGGGAUCCCAAGUUUACAAGUCGUCCUGAAGUCCAUCAUGAAGGCGAUGAUCCCGCUGCUGCAGAUCGGGCUCCUGCUCUUCUUCGCGAUCCUCAUCUUCGCCAUCAUCGGAUUAGAGUUUUAUAUGGGCAAAUUCCACACCACCUGCUUCGACCUGGUGACGGAUGAGAUCAAGGUGGAAGUCCCGUGCGGGACGGACGAGCCGGCCCGGAUCUGUCCCAACGGCACCAAGUGCAAGAAGUACUGGGAAGGGCCCAACUACGGCAUCACCCAGUUCGACAACAUCCUCUUCGCCGUCCUCACCGUCUUCCAGUGCAUCACCAUGGAAGGGUGGACAGACCUCCUCUACUAUAGCAACGAUGCCUCAGGGAACACUUGGAACUGGCUCUACUUCAUCCCCCUCAUCAUCAUCGGCUCCUUUUUUAUGCUGAACCUCGUGCUGGGGGUGCUGUCCGGGGAGUUUGCCAAAGAGCGGGAGCGGGUGGAGAACCGCCGCGCAUUCCUGAAGCUGCGGCGCCAGCAGCAGAUCGAGCGGGAGCUCAAUGGCUACAUGGAGUGGAUCUCCAAAGCGGAAGAAGUGAUCCUGGCUGAGGACGACACCGAGGGCGAGCCCCGGUACCCCUUCGAUGGAGCUCUCCGGAGGGCCACCAUCAAGAAGAGCAAAACGGACCUGCUGAGCCCUGAGGAUGCUGAGGAGCAGUUGGCUGACAUCGCCUCCGUGGGCUCCCCCUUCGCCCGCGCCAGCCUCAAAAGUGCCAAGCUGGAGAACGCCACCUUCUUCCACAAGCGGGAGCGGAGGAUGCGCUUCCACAUCCGCCGCAUGGUCAAAACUCAGGCCUUCUACUGGACCGUGCUCAGCCUCGUGGCGCUCAACACCCUCUGCGUCGCCAUCGUCCACUACGACCAGCCCGACUGGCUCUCCGACUUCCUCUACUAUGCAGAAUUCAUUUUCUUGGGACUCUUUAUGUCCGAGAUGUUUAUAAAAAUGUAUGGCCUCGGCACCCGGCCUUAUUUCCACUCCUCCUUCAACUGCUUCGACUGCGCCGUUAUCAUCGGAAGCAUCUUCGAGGUGAUCUGGGCUGUUGUGAAGCCGGGAACAUCCUUCGGGAUCAGCGUGCUCCGAGCUCUCAGGUUACUGCGCAUCUUCAAGGUCACCAAGUACUGGGCUUCCCUACGGAACCUGGUGGUGUCCCUCCUGAACUCCAUGAAGUCCAUCAUCAGCCUCCUCUUCCUCCUCUUCCUCUUCAUCGUCGUCUUCGCCCUUUUGGGGAUGCAGCUCUUCGGGGGACAGUUCAAUUUUGACGACGGGACCCCCCCCACCAACUUCGACACUUUCCCAGCAGCAAUAAUGACGGUGUUUCAGAUCCUGACGGGAGAAGACUGGAACGCGGUGAUGUACGACGGCAUCAAAUCUCAGGGCGGCGUCAAGGGGGGGAUGGUUUUCUCCGUCUACUUCAUCGUCCUCACCCUCUUUGGCAACUACACCCUCCUCAACGUCUUCUUGGCCAUCGCAGUGGACAACUUGGCCAAUGCGCAGGAGCUCACCAAGGACGAGCAGGAGGAGGAGGAAGCUGCCAACCAGAAGCUGGCGCUGCAGAAGGUGAAGGAGGUGGCUGAAGUGAGCCCGCUCUCAGCGGCCAACAUGUCCGUCACCAUGAAGGAGCAGCAGAAGAACCAGAAAGCCUCCAAGUCGGUGUGGGAGCAGCGCACGAGCGAGCUGCGGAAGCAGAACCUCUUGGCCAGCCGGGAAGCCCUUUACAGCGAGCUGGACCCCGAGGAGCGCUGGAAGGUGCCCUAUGCCCGGCACCUGCGCCCCGACAUGAAAACGCACCUCGACCGCCCGCUGGUGGUGGACCCGCAGGAGAACCGCAACAACAACACCAACAAGACGCGCCCCGCCGAGCCGGAGCCGCGCUUCGGGCAGCUCCGAGCCGAGGAGCUGCGGGGCCGGCAGCCGCGGUGCCCCGACCCCGGCGGUCCCCGUCCCGGCGACCCGCCCGCCGCUGUCCCCGGCCGCCGGCCCCGCAGCACCAGCCGGGAGCCGCCGCGGGAGCCCAGCCCCGAGCGCGGUUACGGCGACCCCGAGCGCCUCAAAGCGCUGGAGCGGCGGCACCGGGCGGGCGGCGGCCGCUCCGGGUCGCCCCAACCCGAACGCGAGCACCGGCGGCACCGGGCGCACCGGCGGGCGGCCGAGGAGGGUGAGGAGGGCGGGAGGCCCGAGAGGCGGCCGCGGCACCGCGAUGGCAGCCGCCCGGUGCGCGGCGAUGGGGACGGGGAGCACGGCGAUGGGGAGCGGCGCCGGCGGCACCGGCACGCACCGGCGGGCGCCUUCGACGGGGAGGGCAAGCGGGACGACAAGGAGCGGCGGCACCGGAGGCGGAGGGAGAACCAGGUCCCCGGGGUGCCGUCGGGCCCCACACUCUCCACCACCCGCCCCAUCCAGCAGGACGUGGGGCGCCGGGACCCCCCCGUGGCCGAAGACAUCGAUAACAUGAAGAACAACAAACUGGUCACUGCCGACCCCCCCGUGCCCCCCGCCAUGGGCAACCACAGCUCCUGCCCUGCUGGGGCCCCCCUCCGCCGGCCCCCCCAAACUACCACCACCACAAAUCCCCCCCCCGACACCAACCUGGUGGUCACCAACCCCAGCACCCACAACAACCCCGCCAAGGCGGGGGGGAAGCCAGAGCAUACGGCUGUGGACAUCCCACCCCCCCUCCCGCCGCCCCCCACCAGCGCCCUGGUCCAGGUGAACAGAAACGCGAACCCGGAGCCACUGCCCCGCAAGGAGCAGGAGGAGGAGAAGAAGGAGGAAGGUGACGACCAGGAGGAGAACGGCCCCAAGCCCAUGGUGCCCUAUAGCUCCAUGUUCAUCCUGUCCACCACCAACCCGUUUCGCCGGUUGUGCCACUACAUCGUCAACCUGCGGUACUUCGAGAUGUGCAUCCUCAUGGUCAUCGCUAUGAGCAGCAUCGCGCUGGCUGCUGAGGACCCCGUGCAGCCCAACGCCCCCCGCAACAACGUCUUGCGCUACUUCGACUAUGUCUUCACGGGGGUCUUCACCUUUGAGAUGGUGAUCAAGAUGGUGGAUCUGGGGCUGGUGCUUCACCAAGGGGCCUAUUUCCGGGACCUCUGGAACAUCCUGGACUUCAUCGUGGUCAGCGGGGCGCUGGUGGCCUUUGCCUUCACGAGCAGCUCACGUGGCAGCAGCAAGGGGAAGGACAUCAACACCAUCAAGUCCCUCCGCGUCCUCCGCGUCCUCCGGCCCUUGAAGACCAUCAAGAGGUUGCCGAAGCUCAAGGCUGUCUUUGACUGCGUGGUGAACUCCUUGAAGAACGUGCUCAACAUCCUCAUCGUCUACAUGCUCUUCAUGUUCAUCUUCGCCGUGGUGGCCGUCCAGCUCUUCAAGGGCAAGUUCUUCUAUUGCACCGAUGAGUCCAAGGAGUUCGAGAAGGACUGCAGGGGUGAGUACCUGGUCUAUGAGAAGGACAACGAGGUGAAGGCGCAGAAGCGGGAGUGGAAGAAGUACGAGUUCCACUACGACAACGUGCUCUGGGCGCUGCUCACCCUCUUCACCGUCUCCACCGGCGAGGGGUGGCCGCAGGUCCUCAAGCACUCGGUGGAUGCCACCUACGAGAACCAAGGCCCGAGCCCUGGCUACCGCAUGGAGAUGUCCAUCUUCUACGUGGUCUACUUCGUGGUCUUCCCCUUCUUCUUCGUCAACAUCUUCGUGGCCUUGAUCAUCAUCACCUUCCAGGAGCAGGGGGACAAGAUGAUGGAGGAGUACAGCCUGGAGAAGAACGAGAGAGCCUGCAUCGACUUCGCCAUCAGCGCCAAACCGCUGACGCGGCACAUGCCGCAGAACCGCCAGAGCUUCCAGUACCGCAUGUGGCAGUUCGUGGUGUCGCCACCCUUCGAGUACACCAUCAUGGCCAUGAUCGCCCUCAACACCAUCGUCCUCAUGAUGAAGUUCUACGACGCGUCGGAUGCCUACGAGAACGUGCUGAAGAUGUUCAACAACGUCUUCACGUCCCUCUUCUCCCUCGAGUGUCUCCUGAAGAUCAUGGCCUUCGGUGUGCUGAACUACUUCCGCGACGCCUGGAACAUCUUUGACUUCGUGACGGUGCUCGGGAGCAUCACGGACAUCCUGGUCACUGAGUUCGGGAACAACUUCAUCAACCUGAGCUUCCUGCGGCUGUUCCGCGCCGCGCGGCUCAUCAAGCUGCUGCGCCAGGGCUACACCAUCCGCAUCCUGCUCUGGACCUUCGUGCAGUCCUUCAAGGCGCUGCCCUACGUCUGCCUGCUCAUCGCCAUGCUCUUCUUCAUCUAUGCCAUCAUCGGGAUGCAGGUUUUUGGGAACAUCGGCAUUGAGGAGGAGGACGAUGAAUCAGCCAUUACCCAACACAACAACUUCCGGACCUUCUUCCAGGCACUGAUGCUCCUGUUCCGGAGCGCCACGGGGGAGGCCUGGCACGAGAUCAUGCUGUCCUGCCUGAGCGGCAAACCCUGCGACCACAACUCGGGCAUCCGCGAGCACGAGUGCGGCAACGAGUUCGCCUACUUCUACUUCGUGUCCUUCAUCUUCCUCUGCUCCUUCCUGAUGCUGAACCUCUUUGUCGCCGUCAUCAUGGACAACUUCGAGUACCUGACGCGCGACUCCUCCAUCCUGGGCCCCCACCACUUGGACGAGUACGUCCGUGUCUGGGCCGAGUACGACCCCGCUGCCUGGGGCCGGCUGACAUUCAUGGACAUGUAUGAAAUGCUGAGACAUAUGUCCCCGCCCCUGGGUUUAGGCAAGAAAUGCCCACCCCGUGUGGCUUAUAAGCGGCUGCUCCGCAUGGAUCUGCCGGUGGCCGAUGACAACACGGUUCACUUCAACUCCACGCUCAUGGCGCUGAUCCGCACCGCCCUCGACAUCAAGAUCGCCAAAGGAGGAGCCGACAAGCAGCAGAUGGAUGCGGAGCUCCGCAAGGAGAUGGUGGCCAUCUGGCCCAACCUGUCCCCCAAGAACCUGGACCUGCUCGUCACCCCCCACAAGUCCACCGACCUGACGGUGGGGAAGAUCUACGCCGCGAUGAUGAUCAUGGAAUACUAUCGGCAGAGCAAGGCCAAGAAGCUGCAGGCCAUGCGGGAGGAGCAGAACCGGACGCCGCUGAUGUUCCAGCGCAUGGAGCCACCGUCCCCGACGCAGGAGGGACCCCCGGGGCCGGACGCGGCGCCCGCGGCGGAGCCGGGCGCGGGGCUGGCCACACGCGAUGGGGGCCUCAAGGAGAGUCACUCCUGGGUCACGCAGCGCGCCCAGGAGAUGUUCCAGAAAACAGGGACCUGGAGCCCCGAGCGGGGGCACCCCGAGGAUGUGCCCAACAGCCGCCCCAGCUCCCAGCUGGUGGAGAUGCGGGACAUGGCCAAGGAGGGCUACUCGGACAGCGAGUACCUGCCCAUGGAGGGGCAUGGCCGAGCCGCCUCCAUGCCAAGGCUCCCCGCUGAAAACCAGAGGAGGAAGGUCCGACCCCGCGGGAAUAACCUCAGUACCAUCUCCGACGCCAGCCCCAUGAAGCGCUCGGCCUCCACGCUGGGCCACCCGCGCGCCCGCAGCAUCCGCCUGGACGACUACUCCCUGGAGCGCGUCAUUCCCGAGGACGGGCAGCGGCACCACCAGCGCCGGCGGGAGCGGAGCCACCGCACGUCCGAGCGCUCCCUCAGCCGCUACACCGACAUGGACACAGGGCUGGGCACCGACCUGAGCAUCACGACGCAGUCGGGGGAGCUCCCUCCCAAGGAGCGGGACCCAGAGCGGGGCCGCGCCAAGGACCGCAAGCACCGGCACCACCACCACCACCACCACCAUCACCACCACGGCCCCGGGGACAAGGAGCGGUGUCCCCCCCCCGAGCGCCACGACUACGGGCGGCCCCGCUCCCGCGACCGCCGCUGGUCCCGCUCCCCCAGCGAGGGCCGGGAACACGCCGCCCCCCGGCAGGGCAGUAGUUCGGUCAGCGGCAGCCCGGUGCUCUCCACCUCCGGGACCAGCACCCCCCGCCGCGCCCGCCGCCAGCUCCCGCCGACCCCCGCCACGCCGCGGCCCCACGUCUCCUUCUCCCCCGCCGCCCGCCGCCCCCCGCCCGCCGCCGCCCCCCCCGCCCGCGGGCCCCGCCGCCCGCCGCCGCCCGCCGCCGCCUCCCCGCGAUGGACCGACCCCCCCCGCGACCCGGACCCGACGCUCGACGGACGCGUUCCACGGGCCCCCCGACCCGGCGGCCGCGGCGGAGCGGGGGGGACACGACCGGGACCGUCCCCGCCUCGGCCCGGCCGGCGGUUGCCCAACGGCUACUACCCGGGGCACGGCACCGGGAAGGGGCGGCCCGGUCUCCGCGACCCCUACAGCGAAACGGACGAUGACUGCUGCUAGCGGCGCCUCCGACGACCUAUCGCGACAGAGCGCCGCGACAUAUGGCGGCGGGGAGGGGGGUGUAGACGCCACACACACACCCCCAGACCCCCCGCUCGCUCCCGGGGCUAUGGAUGAGUUUUAUCAUCUGGAGGAGC